AUGGCCUCCAAGUGUUCAGGUGAAAGGAAGAGUCGCACACCUCUCACUUUAAAUCAAAAGCUAGAAACGAUUAAGCUUAGUGAGAAAGGCAUGUCAAAAGCCGAGCUAGGCCGAAAGCUAGGCCUCUUGCGCCAGACAGUUAGCCAAGUCGUGAAUGCAAAGGAAAGAUUCUUGCAGGAAAUGAGAAGUGCUACUCCAGUGAACAUACGGGUGAUAAGGAAGCGAAACAGCCUUAUUGCCGACAUGGAGAAAGUUUUAGUGGUCUGGAUAGAAGGUCAAACCAGCCACAACGUUCCCCUAAGCCAAAGCCUAAUCCAGGGCAAGGCCCUAACUCUCUUCAAUUCUAUGAAGGCUGAGAGGGGUGAGGAAGCUUCGGAAGAAAAGUUUGAAGCUAGCAGAGGUUGGUUCAUGAGGUUUAAGGAAAGAAGCUGUCUCCAUAACAUAAGACUGCAAGGUGAAGCAACAAGUGCUGAUGUAGAAGCUGCAGCAAGUUAUCCCGAAGAUCUAGCUAAGAUAAUUGAUGAAGGUGGCUACACUAAACAACAGAUUUUCAAUGUAGACGAAACAGCCUUAUAUUGGAAGAAGAAGAUGCCAUCUAGGACUUCCAUAGCUAGAGAGGGUACCUCAGUGCCUGGCUUCAAAGCUUCAAAGGACAGGCUGACGCUCUUGUUAGGGGCUAAUGCAGCUGGUGACUUUAAGUUGAAGCCAAUGCUCGUUUACCAUUCCGAAAAUCCUAGGGCCCUUAAGAAUUACGCUAAAUCUACUCUGCCUGUGCUCUAUAAAUGGAACAACAAAGCCUGGAUGACAGCACAUAUGUUUACAGCAUGGUUUACUGAAUAUUUUAAGCCCACUGUUGAGACCUACUGCUCAGAAAAGAAGAUUCCUUUCAAAAUAUUACUGCUCAUUGACAAUGCACCUGCUCAUCCGAGAGCUCUGAUGGAGAUGUACAACGAGAUUAAUGUUGUUUUCAUGCCUGCGAACACAACAUCCAUUCUGCAGCCCAUGGAACAAGGAGUGAUUUCGACUUUCAAGUCUUACUAUUUAAGAAAUACAUUUCGCAAGGCUAUAGCUGCCAUAGAUAGUGAUUCCUCUGAUGGAUCUAGGCAAAGUAAAUUGAAAGCCUUCUGGAAAGGAUUCACCAUUCUAGAUGCCAUUAAGAACAUUCGUGAUUCAUGGGAGGAGGUCAAAAUAUCAACAUUAACAGGAGUUUGGAAGAAGUUGAUUCCAACCCUCCUGGAUGACUUUGAGGGGUUCAAGAUGUCAGUGGAGGAAGUAAUUGCAGAUGUGGUGGAAAUAUCAAGAGAACUAGAAUUAGAAGUAGACCCUGAAGAUGUGACUGAAUUGCUGCAAUCUCAUGAUAAAACUUUAACGGAUGAGGAGUUGCUUCUUAUGGAUGAGCAAAGAAAGUGGUGUCUUGAGAUGGAAUCUACUCCUGGUGAAGAUGCUGUGAAUAUUGUUGAAAUGACAACAAAGGAUUUAGAAUAUCAUAUAGAAUUAGUUGAUAAAGCAGCAGCAGGGUUUGAGAGGAUUGACUCCAAUUUUGAAAGAAGUUCUACUGUGGGUAAAAUGCUAUCAAACAGCAUUGCAUGCUACAGAGAAAUCUUUCGUGAAAGGAAGAGUCAAUCAAUACAGCAAACUUCACUGUUGUCUUAUUUUAAGACAUUGCCACAGCCACGCCAACCUUCAGCAACCACCACCCUGAUCAACCAGCAGCCAUCAACAUCAAGGCAGGACCCUCCAUCGGCAAAAAGAUUACGACUCGCUGAAGGCUCAGCUGAUGAUUAGCAUUUUUUAGCAAUAAAGUAUUUUUAAUUAAGGUAUGUACAUUGGGUUUUUUAGACAUAAUGCUAUUGCACACUUAAUAGACUACAGUAUAGUGUAAACAUAACUUUUAUAUGCACUGGGAAACCAAAAAAACCUGUGUGGCUUGCUUUAUUGUGAUAUUCACUUUAUUGCCGUGGUCUGGAA